AUGCUGACGCCCACGAGCACCUUCGCCAUCCGCCUCGCCGGCCAGGGCGCUGCCCGCGCAUCGAUUGCCUCUUCCAUCGCCCGCACCACCGCAUGCCCGUACUCGACCGCCUCCAUGAAGCAGCACCAAGCCUCUGCCCGCCCAAUUGGUCUCGCCUCGACAGCCGGCCCCAUCGCCCGAACCAGCGCCGCCUUUGCCGCAUCCCCCUCGUCCUCCAUCGUCGCCCGCGUCGUCCGCCAGCCCUGCUCCCAACGCUGCAACGCUACCGCUACCGCCUCCGCUGCGGCGCAACAAAAGUCCGCCCCUUCGCCGGGGGACAGGUUGGACUGGGAGACCUUCUUCCAGCUGCGCAAGUCCCGUAGAAGGUGGCAGCUUGGCUUCAGCGUCAUUUCUGGAUUGGGAUCCUUUGUUGGCGGUGCUGGCAUCUUGGCUACUGGUAUUGCGGACCCGUUGGUGACACAGAUUCCGCUGGAUCCUUUCAUUACGAUGGGCCUUAUGACGAUGGGCUUCGGUGCUCUUGGAUGGCUUAUUGGACCUAGCGUUGGUUCUCUGGUGUUCUACACGCUGAACAAGAGGUGGAAGACUCAGAUGACGGUGAAGGAGAAGGAAUUCUUCGCCCGCAUCAAGAAGAACCGUGUUGACCCCUCUGUCUCCUCUGUUGGUAACCCUGUCCCCGAUUUCUACGGCGAGAAAAUCUCAAGCGUCAAGGGCUACCGUCAAUGGCUCAAGGACCAGCGAGCCUUCAACAAGAAGCGUGUCAGCUUCGUGUAG